GAUCAAGAAUGCCAUUUUGAGAGGCUCUAUGACGACAGCAGAAUCUUUUUCAGUAGCAAGACAAGUUUUGCAGCAACCAUUGGAAUCCUGUGGGAAGAAAAGCAUUCAGAGUUCUGAAAUGGACAAAAUGACUCUGAACCACUCUGCUGUAAAUCUCACUCUGGACAACUGCACGUUCUUGCCGUAUUACAUCCACUCGACGGGGAUGGCAGUUAGCUACAUUCUGUCUUACCUGCUGGUGCUGCUGCUGUGUGUCGUGGGCAAUGGACUCGUCUGCUUAGUGGUCAUCAGGAACCGCAACAUGCGUUCAGUCACUAACCUCUUCAUACUCAACCUGGCCAUCAGUGACCUGUUGGUGGGCGUGUUCUGCGUGCCCACGACACUGAUUGACAGCCUCAUCUCAGGUUGGCCCUUUAGCCAGAUCACGUGCACAAUGAGUAACCUGGUCCAGGGCAUGUCAGUGUCUGCUUCCGUCUUUACCCUGGUUGCCAUAGCAGUAGACAGGUUUACUGGCAUUGUUUACCCAUUCCGUCAUCGUCUGAGGCCAGUCACUGCGCUGUUUGCCAUCGUCUUCAUUUGGCUUUUCGCAUUUGCGAUCAUCUUCCCUUCAGCUGCAACACUGACUGUCACACACUUGGAGGACAUCUACAUGGUCCAGGAUAACCAGCUCUACCCACUGUUUGUGUGUUUCGAGGACUGGCCCAAAGCAGACAUGCGGCGAGUCUACACCACCGUCAUCUUCGUCCAUGUGUACCUGGCCCCGUUGGGUCUCAUAAGCAUCAUGUAUGGGUGCAUCGCCUCUAAACUCUCCUACAACCUACGUGAGAACCGGGUUCGUUCCAGGAGAAAGGUGAAGGUCAUCAAGAUGCUCAUUAUGGUCGCCAUUCUCUUCAUGAUAUCUUGGCUCCCACUCUGGACGUUGAUGCUUCUUACUGACUAUCAGGAUCUGGACAGGCAACAGAUUGACUUCUUGAGCAGCUAUCUUUUCCCAGUCGCUCACUGGCUGGCUUUUUUCAACAGUGGCGUCAAUCCAAUCAUCUACGGCUUCUUUAACGAGAACUUCCGCAGGGGCUUCCAGGCAGCUAUGGCCUGCAGUUCGUGCAACUCUGUCGUGUCAGAGAUGCGUCACACGCAUUUUGUGCUUCCGCCUCCUAACAAAGUAUCCAAUGAGAACAGAGGUGUGACCAAUGGGCAGAAAGAGCGCUGUUUUUCUGUAAUGCCACGCGCUCAUGGUGCUCAAGGAAUUCUGCUUAAGGAUAUGAAUGGAAUUACAAACUCCCAUAGAGUGCUUGGAGCCUGGAUGGAGUGAAGGAGUUCUAAUAUCCCUAGAAAGAUCUAUCCGCUAGCGUUCCCAUUCCUCUCAAUGGCAGUUGCUUGGCUGGCGCAUGUGACAUCAGAAAUAUGAGACCUGGAUGCUCCUCUUUGCAUCAUGGGCACUCAGUUUUGAAAACAAAGUUAUAGAAAGCUGGAAAGUUAUCUGGCAAUCACCUGAGCCAUAAAUGUCAUGUUAUUGAUCAUUCUAUGUUAGAACUUUCUAACCAAUCAAUUUCACGCCAUUCAGAGUGCUCAAAACUGCUGAAGCUAACCAGCCAAAUCUUUACCCCUUGGUUAAAAUAACACAAGAACAUCUGUGGGCUUGGACAGCAUGAAGGCUACGACCUUAAGGUUUGGAAUGUUGUUGAAGUGGGGAUCAAAACAACAGCUGUGAUUCCUACUUUGGUUACUCUCUUAAUAAAAUUGUGUUUCUCACAAUUUGAAUGGUCUCAUUUGGAGGAUUUGCCACUGGGCACAGGUUUUUCUUAUUUAUGUACGUGUUAUGUUUACUUUGUUUACGUUAAGUAAUGCAUGUUCAUGGAAUCAUAACUCAGGAGUAACAUAACCUGACAGUAAUUGAAUGUUUGAUACAUGUUAUGGAUGUUUACAUGUUUAACAUACCCAAUGUGUGUUAGAUUAAAAAAAAAAGCACAAAAAUGUAAAACAGUAAAUGUAAAAAUAAUGUUUUUGUUUUGCAAAACACAGGCAUGACAAUAUCUAUCUAUCUGUCUGUCUGUCUGUCUGUCUAUCUAUCUAUCUAUCUCCCUCCCCUGGGCAUGUCAUACACAUUUUAAUUGGAUGGUACUGCCUAAUGGUUCAGAUAUUGGGCAACUAAUACUCAGGUUUUGUGUUCAGUCUCGAGUAAGGUGAUCAAGGAAUAGGAGAAAUCCUUAGCCUGUUCUAAAACUAACCAAUGUUCUGCUAUCCACCCAGACUGCUUUAGGGGAAACUGACUCUGUCAUAUGUGUAGUGGAUAUGUUGUCUUUAAUAAAAAGCUAUCUUCUAAAUGACAACACACGAGUCACAGUAAUUUGUCUGUCACACUACAGACUCAGAGAUCAAUAGGUUUUUAAUGAAUUGUAAUUAGUUAUUUAACAAAUCUUUUUUUUUUACAUUUAUGCAUUUGGCAGACGCUUUUAUACAAAGCAACUUACAGUGCCCUAAUUACAGGGACAAUCCACCUGGAGCAACCUGGAGUUAAGUGCCUUGCUCAAGGACACAAUG